AUGGCAGUUGACUUUUGCCACAGCACGACGAGUAAGCCCAGAGUCUCCGUUAAACUUCCCGUGGUCCUGCUUGAUUCGACUUACGAUCCCACCUCGCAACACAGUCUCCCCAUCUCUCGUCCAAGCUCAACCGACAGUCUCGACCGCCUAUUCACUUGGGAUCAUGGCAACAGUCUUCACACAGCCCGUUCCUGGACUCGCUUCGUCUCAUCUUUCGUCCGAGACCCGGUGGACGACAGAAGCGACCCUCUGUCGAGCCCGAGUUCGAGUCCGGCGCCAGCAGACGACGCACCAAUCGACCCUCAGCCCUGCCGAGCCCCGGCAGGAAAGAAUGACACCCAGCCCACAUGCUCUGGGCCUAGUCGUUCAAGAGGACUGACUCGACUGACCGGCCACCGGUCGUCACGGCGACUACUGCCGCCGGUCAGCGGGACUCGAACCAGUGUAGCCUGGCGACUUAAGGUUCGCGUGGGCCACGCCAGGGCAGGACUUACUCGAAGUCUCUUCUUCCGCUCUCCCCCGGCUGGGGGCGUUUGGCGCCAGUUGCCAAUCGUCUCGUCGCACCAGGUCCGAGGCCGCACUUUUCGCAACGUUGAGCCUCGGUGUGUCUUCUCUCCUCGGUGG